CCUGGUGGGCCUAAAAUCCCACAAGGGGACAGGGGUUAAGGUACCUACGUCCCGUCCUGGAGUGCCCAGGGUGAAGUCCAGCUUCCCGCUCAGGCACACCCUGGGAGGCAGCAGGGGAUGAUGGCCCAAGUGGUUGGGUCCCUGCCACCCACCUGGGAGACCUGGAUGGAGCUCCUGGCUCCUGGCUUCAGCCUGGCCUAAUCCUGGCUGUUGGGGGUCCCUCUCUGCCUUUCAAAUGAAAUAUUUUCUUAAAAAAAGAACCCACAAAAGCCUCCCAAAUUUUAAAGAGCCUUCAAGCUAUAAAGCCCUCCAACUACAGUAGAACCCCUAAACUUGGUAUGACUGCCCCCAAAUUCAGUAGAGGCCCCAAACUUUAGAUCCCCACACUCAGUGGGAUUCCCAAGCUUAACAACCAAUAAGAGAUUCCCCAAAGUUGGGAGGAUUUCCUAACACUGUGGAACCCCUAAUAAAACAGAAUACCCAAAUUCUUUGUAAUUCUUAAACUCAUGAGGAACUCAAACUCAUUUUAACCUGUGAAUUCAGUAGCCUUCAACUAAGGGUAUUCCCCAAAUAUACCCUUACAAUAUCCCAAAAUCCCAAAGUCCCCCAAAAUCUAGGAGACACUCCACACACACACACAUACACACACACACACACACACACACACACGCGCGUGCAGGUUCAGCAAAGUCCAAUGCUCCCGCCCAUGAGGAUGGGGUAUAUCUCAGAGUUCUGAGGAUCCAGCCAAUGGGAGCACGGUAUGCAAAUGACCCCACUUUAGGCCCUGUCAUUGACUGGCAGCCCAGGUCACAAUGGGUGGUCCUGGAUGGGCGCUGGACACCCUUGAAGGCUUAGGAAAAGGCUCCUGGGGCUGGCCCCUGGGCAGGCUGGUGCUGGGGGGGGGGGCCAUGGAGCCAGAAACCCCUCUGCCCUCCCUCCUCCCAGCAGUGGCCCCCCCCACCAGCCCUCUUGGCCCACACAGGAGUGUCUUCCCUACCCUAGAAUCUUCCCUGGGUAUCCAGGGCAAGCAGCUUCUCUCCCUCACCUCCCCGCCCCGCUUCCUGACUUCCCACCCCACCUUCCGGCCAAACGUGAUGAUCGGACUAGGGCCGCCCCACAGCCCUGGGCUGGCCCCGGGGCCCCCACUGCAGCCCACCACCUCCCAGAAGGCCGCCUUGGCCCUUUCUAGUUUCCGGCUUCUGAGAGGUCAUCAGUUGGACAUCAAGAAGGGGUCGACCCCUUCCGACAAACAGAAUGAAGUGGAGAUCCCCUCACCCACGUCGAAGGAACGAGAGCAGACGCCACGGCAGAAACCCUCCCCGCAGCCCCCAGCCCCGGUCCCCCCGUUCCAGCCCAUGGCUCAGAUCACAGGGGUGAAAAGGCCCACACACAGCCUCGGCGACUCUGGCAUCCCCCGCUUUGGCGUGAAGACCGACCAGGAGGAGCUCCUGGCACAGGAACUGGAGAACUUGAGCAAGUGGGGCCUGAACAUCUUCUGCGUGUCAGACUACGCCGGGGGCCGCUCCCUCAGCUGCAUCAUGUACACCAUAUUCCAGGAGCGGGACCUGCUGAAGAAGUUCCGCAUCCCCGUGGACACCAUGGUGACGUACAUGUUGACCCUGGAGGACCACUACCACGCGGACGUGGCCUACCACAACAGCCUCCACGCGGCCGACGUCCUGCAGUCCACCCACGUGCUGCUGGCCACGCCCGCGCUGGAUGCCGUAUUCACGGACCUGGAGAUUCUCGCUGCCCUCUUCGCCGCUGCCAUCCACGAUGUCGACCACCCUGGGGUCUCCAACCAGUUCCUCAUCAACACUAAUUCGGAACUGGCACUCAUGUACAAUGACGAGUCGGUGCUGGAGAAUCACCACCUGGCUGUGGGCUUCAAACUGUUGCAAGAGGACAACUGCGACAUCUUCCAGAACCUCACCAAGCGCCAGCGGCAGAGUCUGCGCAAGAUGGUCAUCGACAUGGUGCUGGCCACGGACAUGUCCAAGCACAUGACCCUGCUGGCUGACCUGAAGACCAUGGUGGAAACGAAGAAAGUGACCAGCUCGGGGGUCCUCUUGCUGGACAACUACUCUGACCGCAUCCAGGUGCUGAGGAACAUGGUGCACUGUGCAGACCUGAGCAACCCCACCAAGCCGCUGGAGCUGUACAGGCAGUGGACCGACCGCAUCAUGGCCGAGUUCUUCCAGCAGGGCGACCGGGAGCGCGAGCGGGGCAUGGAGAUCAGCCCGAUGUGCGACAAGCACACAGCCUCCGUGGAGAAGUCCCAGGUGGGCUUCAUCGACUACAUCGUGCACCCGCUGUGGGAGACCUGGGCAGACCUCGUGCACCCAGAUGCCCAAGAGAUCCUGGACACGCUGGAAGACAACCGGGGCUGGUACUACAGCGCCAUCCGGCAGAGCCCGCCGCCGCCGCCCGAGGAUGAGCCCGGGGGACCAGGCCACCCGGGCCCGCCUGAUAAGUUCCAAUUCGAGCUGACGCUGGAGGAGGAAGAAGAGGAGGAGGCGUGCACGACCCAGAUCCCAUUCUUGGCCCAGGACGCACAGGAAGCACCCACGCCUGCGGCUGAGACCACGGCCCCCGAUCCAUCCGGGGAACUGGCCGACGAGGCCCAGGACCUGGACGAAUCUCCAGAGGUGCAGGUGCAUGGAGCGGCUUGGGCGGACUCAGUGGCCCAGGUGGAAUCUGUGGAUGCCGUAAGCCGCCCCCCUGCCCUGGCUGUGGGGAGCCCCCUGCCGCCUGCUUUGAGGACCCUCCCCAUUCCAGAGGAGGCCCCGGGCUCCCAGGGCCUCCCCUCCACGGCAGCCGAGGUGGGGGCCCGAAGACAGCAUCAGGCUGCCAAAGAGACAGCUGCAGAAGACCCUCCCACGCGCGGGCGGGGGUCCCCCGGAGACCCCCCCUGAGCCUCAACACGCUCACCCUGUCUCCACCCGCAACCCCCUCCCCCAGUAUCCUGCCCCGAACUCCUCGGCCGCCGCCUCAAAGACCCCGUGGCCCCCAUGAGAAAAAAGAACAGAAAAGUGGGCUUUUUUUUUUUUUUUUUUUUUUUCCUUUUUCCCCCCCAUUCUCCCUGCCCCUACCCAUACAGCCGUUUCUUUCUUUUUUUUUUUUUUCAAAGUGGGGGCUGGGGAAUGAGGGGCUGAUGUGUCCCAGAAGGGAUUUUAUUUUUUGAAUUUUAAUUGUAACAUUUUUAGAAAAAGGCAAAAAAAAAAAAAAAAAGGAAAGAAAGAAAAAAACACAGAAACUGUAGACACUCCUCCUCUUCCUGGGUCCCCCUGUUCGCCACCCUCCGAGUCACCCUGUCCCACCUCCCCCACCCCCGCGCCCACGCCCCAAGUUCAAGGCUGCGUCUUCCCGCCUCUUGGGUCCAGGUGCAGGCGUGGGGACCUCCUUCUGAGUUUGGAGGGUUCUAGAACCCAGCCAGGCAUAGCCAUUUGGGGCGGGGCCGGCAGAGGGGUCGCCCUCUCUGUCCCGCCCCCCCCCC